AUGUCUAAUCAACAAAAACAACAUCGUACCACUAUUAGUGAUGAUCUUAAAUAUCAAAUUUGUGAGUGGGCAGAAACUAAUAAGAACAAGAGACAUCACGAGAUUGCUAGUUACUUUAAUGAAAGGUAUCCAGAUUUAUCAAUCAACCAAAGUACUAUUUCAAAAAUUUUAAAAGAGAGAACUGAUAAACUAGUAUCAUGGGUAAUUGGUAAAUCACCACAUCCAAGAUCCUUUGGACGAAUGAAUUUAAACCGACUUCCAGUUUACUAUCAUUCAAAUCCUAAAGCAUGGAUGAAUUCACUUUUAUUUGAGGAGAUACUUCGCUAUAUAGACAACAUAUUUAGAGCUCAAAAUAAAAAAAUUUUACUUUUAGUUGACAACGCACCAUCACAUUUUGAUCCACAUGAUCAGGAUGACAAUGAUGAUGGAAUUAAUGAUGAAUAUGAUAAUUUUGGUAAAGAAAAUUCUACUUCAAUUAGAUCGCAUGGAAAUUUUCAUAAAGGUCAUGCUAAAAUGUUAAAAUUAAUGUAUGAUGCAGGAAUCAUCGCAAGUUUUAAAGCACAUUAUAAACAAAUUUAUUGUCAUUAUAUUUUAAACCUUUUUGAUAAUGGCAUGGAUAUAAAUAGAAACAAAUUAACUAUUAAACAAGCCAUUGAUUAUAUAGUAGACGCAUGGACAAAUGUGUUAAAUGAUUUUUUUCAUAACUUGGAUGAAAAAGUUUCAACAGAAGAUUUCUUAAAUGAAAAUGAUAUUAUAAGUUUAAUUCAAGAUGAAAUGCGUGCUAAAAAUGAAAGCCCAAGUCAUUCUGAUGAUUCUGAAGAGGGACCUAAAUUAGUGUCAUUAAGUGAUGCAA